CCUUCCCACAUAACUCAACACCUGCAGCAACGUACAAACAUACAACUGCAGCAUAUCUCUCUCUCUCUCUCUCUCUCUCUCUCUCUCUCUCUAGAUUCUGCAUUUCACCAUGACAAUUCUUCUCCUCCUUACACUUUGUUUCGUUGGCUCAGUUUCAGCGACUCCUCUAAUCUAUGACUCCAUUUAUAGUUUUGGUGACUCCCUUGCCGAUACUGGGAAUUUUCUUCGCUCUGGUGCCCUAGCGUUUCCGGUCAUCGGAGAACUCCCUUAUGGUGAAACUUUUUUCAAACAUGCUACUGGACGGUGCUCGGAUGGACGCCUUGUGAUCGACUUCAUCGCUGAGGAAUAUGGGUUACCAUAUGUACCCCCUUAUCUAUCACUUGCCAAAGGAGAAAAAGUGCAGCAUGGAGUGAAUUUUGCAGUUGCUGGAGCUACUGCACUUGAUUCAAGAUUUUUCUAUGAAAAAGGAAUUGGACGAUUCCUGUGGACAAAUGAUUCGCUGAGUGUGCAGCUUGAAUGGUUCAAGAACCUAAAGUCCACCCUUUGCAACACUAAACAAGAUUGUAGCAACUACUUCAAGAGGUCCCUGUUUCUGGUGGGAGAGAUCGGCGGAAAUGAUUACAACUACCCUUUCUUCGUCGGUGGAAGCAUUAAACAACUUCAAGCACUUGUACCUCUUGUUGUUGAAGCAAUUGUCUCUGCCACUACUAUGCUGAUAGAGGAAGGCGCGGCGGAGUUGGUGGUGCCGGGAAAUUUGCCGAUCGGUUGCUCGGCAGUGUACUUGACAUUAUUCCAAAGUCCAAACAAAACAAGCUACGAUCAAAAUGGGUGUCUCAAGAAAUACAAUGCUUUUUCCAAGUAUCACAAUGCUCAGCUGAAACUUGCUCUGGAGAAAUUGAGGCAAAAGUACCCCCAAGCAAAGAUCAUUUACGCCGACUAUUAUGGCGCCGCUAAGCAGUUGUUUCACGUGCCGCUCCAUCACGGAUUCACCAAUGGAGCAGUGACGGCAUGUUGUGGAGGAGGUGGACCUUACAAUUUCAACAAUUCUGCAAGAUGUGGACACACAGGGUCCAAAUCAUGCAACAAUCCCUCAACUUUUGCUAAUUGGGAUGGAGUCCACUUAACCGAGGCGGCCUAUCGAUACAUUGCUACGGGUUUGAUUGCCGGACCUUUUGCUUCACCACCCCUCCAGUUCCCUAUCGACUGACUCCUCACGCUCGUGAGAAGACUCUAAUUAUUUAGACAUCACACAUUUUUUUGGGAUCGACACACUUAAUCAUGGUCUCAUAAAAUUGUGAGAUGACUAAAGAUUUUGGCGUGCCACUGACUGUGUCCCAUGAGUACCUAAUAAAAUUUUUUUUUUCAAUGAAUCUCAUGGAAUUGUUGUAGUUUGAAUAUUCUUGCCUCAAAACUGUUUGGGUACUGGAUUAUCUAGAGUCACCAUUGCCUCCAUACUAGAUGCUUGUGAUAGCUUUGAACUUUCAUAUGAGGAGUGGUUCUGUUUAGUAUCAGUUUUGGAGCUUAUUGCUUUUUAUCUUUUGGUUUGCUUCAGAUAUCUGGUGAACCCCGUGUUGUGAGGAAAACUCUUUAUCAAUGAAAUUUCGAAAGAUUUUUACUUA